GUGUUACUAUAGCUACUUUAGCAAGGGGAGCCUAAGUAUAUAUUUUUCUUAGCUUUGGAGAAUUGCACAAAGAACCUUGUACACUCCUUACCCUCCUGCCCCUUCUUCCUCCCCGCUGCUCACUCUCCCUCCCCAUUUUCCACCAUUUCCGGCCACAACCCCACCGCCAACCACCAAACUGCCCUCCCCCUUCCAUUUCCUCGCCGACGCCGCUCUUUCCUCCUUUCUCUCGCCGUUUUCUCGCUGCAGCAAGGAGAAGAAGACGUCUCCUACGCUGCCACCGCUAGAUCGACCUCCUGCCGUCUUCCUUUCGCUGAUCGGACGUUGGAAAUGAAUUCCUGGAUCCCAAAAUACCAAAGCAGCCCUUCUUUCCUAUUUUUCUUUCGCCGGUAGUGGUGUACGAGCCUCGCCGGAGCUGAAAUUUUUCAGCCUCAAUACGGUGGCUUAUGGUGAGUUUCCGGCAAAAAAAUUGCAUAUUUGGACUCCUCACGACUCACGCUUCACGUAGGCACCUUCAGAUUAGAAUUCCGACACCGUUGAUGGUAUCGACUUCCGGACCCCGGUAUUUUUCAAACGCGCAGAAUUCAGAUUUUUCGGCUCGUUGGCAGUUAGGUUCUCUGCUGUCUUUCUCUACACAACCCGACUUCUUUUCCCUUCGGGCCUAUUGUUGGCUUUAUAAUGUUGGGUUAUCAGGAUCUCCAGUGGCCACCCAAAGUAAAGUUCAAAGAUUGAAGUGGCUAUAAAGUGCUGAUGAUUCUUUGGAUCAUAUGGAAUCAAAGAAAUAAGCAGCUGUGGGAUAACUGUUUUUUACCAGCUUCGAUGGCAGUAGACACUUGUAUGGAUUUUCUUCAUGCAUGGGCAAAGGCACGUAUGUCCAAGUUAUCUUUAAAAAGUUUGGGUUCAGCGGAAGAGGGUAACCAGUAUCGGCAAAAACCAGCAAGGGGUUGGGUAAAGUGCGAUAUGGAUGCAGCUACGUUUGAAAAUGGGAGAGUAAUAGGAAUUGGCUUGAUGAGUAUGGAUGAGGAAGGUAGGUUUGUGAAAGGAAAAUCAUUUUGUAUGAAUGGUCGAAUAGCUAUCAAGGAGGCUGAAGCAAUGGGAUUAAAGGAGGCUCUUUCUUGGUGUCUAGAAUAGGGACUGCAACGAGUUAUUUUUGAGUCAGAUGCUAAAGUUGUAAUGGGAGCAUUUCAUUAUAGGCCAGAAGAGUUAUCGGAGUUUGGUAGUAUCAUAGCAGAAUGUAUUUAUCUUAGUAAUCAGGGCAAAAACAAGCAAAUGGUUGUGCUCAUUGUUUAGCAAGAUCUUCACAUGUUAUUACUUGUCCCACUAAUUUUUUCUCAACCUCCUCGGAUAUUGGAGGAGUAUUUGUUGGCUGAUUUGACUAUUGCAUAAUAAAAUCUGCCAUUUUGAUUUAAAAAAAAAAAA